AAAACAGAUAGCCCAGGGGGAGGGGUGAAGCAAUUUAGGGUUUUAGUAGCCGAAACCAAAAGAAGAAGCAGAAGCUUCAAAAUUUAUUCUACUGAAGCCUGCAACUCCAAAACUGAAACUGAAAUUGAAAAAAUGGAAGGUGGAGACGGAGAAGGAAUAGACAGAGUAGUAGAUUCGAAAGAUUUACAGCAACAAAGCAAAGCACUUGAUAAACUCACCGACCGUGUAGAAGAUCGCCAACUCGAUUCUACUCGUGUUCAAGAAGCUAUGGCUUCUAUUUCCGCUUCUGCUGAAGCUGAUGCUAACGCUAUGAGAUUGAGGGAGAAAGAAUUGGCUGCUGUGAAGAUCAACGCAGCUGAUGUUGACAUAAUUGCAAAUGAAUUAGAGUUGGACAAGAAGGUAGCAGAGAGAACCUUACGCGAGCACAAGGGCGAUGCUGUCGCUGCUAUCCGCCAUCUUCUUCACUAGAAAUUCUUUGGGGAUGUUGGGGUUCAAAAUUUUUCAUAGAACGAGCUACAUGAAGAAUUUCUUUUGGAAUUGAUGAUCUAUGUAAACAUGCUUGCUAUGCUUUUCCAAAAGCUGCAUCUAGCAUCCCCAUUAGCGAUGCCCCACUAUAUUUUAUUUCCGUGCCUCCAUUUUUUUUUA